GUUCCAUCGCUGUACGGGUGUUACUUGUUGUCCACCAAUACAUCAGUUCUUUCCCUUCAAAUCAAUCAUUGAUGACCCAUGAACAAGCUUGAUGCAUAGAGUUCGGAACCUUCCACGCUGAUGGGCAUCUGUACCUGGUUCUACGCCUAAAUCGGAGAAAUCGCAGAGCCUCAUUCACUACAGAUCACGGGGACAAGACCUUCGGCCAUGUCUUCUUACAAUCAUCAAGGCAAUGUCCAGAACACUGGCCCAGAGCCGGCACUGUCUGGCCCUUCUUCUGGAACACUAACACCUUCUGAGACGACGCCACUUAUUCCUCCGAUACCGACUACAGUGGCAAAACAUGGAAAAGGCGAUCCUCCCAGCAACGCGACCCCUGAUGGGGCAGCAAAUGUCAAAUCAUUGCCGGAGAAUGGCAGCGACGGCGACGGGCACACCCAAGCAAGCCAAUCGUUAAGCCCAAUCCGAGGACUCCUCGUCUACAGCGCACUCGGCGUCCUCAUCUUCAUCGUCGCAACCAAUAUGAGCUUACUCACGACGACUCAAUCAUCAAUUGCAGCCGAACUGGACGCUUUCGAAGCGACUUCGUGGUUUACUUCAGCUUUUCUCAUCACCAUGUCUUCCCUGGGACCACUCAAUGGGAAAUUGAGCAGCGUCUUCUCGCCGAGGUCGUGCAUUGUGGUCUCGUCGCUACUGCUUGCAAUAGGAUGUCUCUUGUGCGCGGUGGCUUCCAGCUUUGAGAGCUUUGUCUUCGGAAGAUGUGUGCAGGGAGUGGGUGCCAGUGGGGUGUUCACGAUUAGUAUUAUUAUCGUUUUGGAACUCACUGGAUCGAAGCGGCGUGGACUUGGAAUUGGGCUGCUCAAUACUGGAUUUACUGUCGGCGUUGCUGUAGGAGCGACUGCCGCAGGUGCACUACUUCCGAUUACGGGAUGGCGAGCAUUGUUCUGGAUGCAGAUACCAAUCUGCGCAUUUGUUGGUCUGGUGCUACUUUUUGCCCUGCCUGGAGACUUUCAUGCUGGCAAAGUUGCUGAUGAAGAAUCGACAUGGACAAGACUUCGGAGACUGGACUACACGGGCGCGCUUCUACUUACAGGAUCGCUUGUGCUGUUACUAUAUGCGAUGGCAGCACCUAAGCAGAUACCGAUCUGGCCAAUUGUCGCUUCGGCCAUCGUGCUAAUUCUUUUCGUCAACAACGAGGUUUACUUUGCCAAGGAUCCAUUUAUUCCAGUUGCUUUACUCAAAUCGAGGGGACUGCUUUUCACUUGCCUAGGAACUGUUGGGUUCAUGAUGGCCAGGUGGAGCGUGCUGUUCUAUGCGCCGACUUACGCUUUGGCAGUCCGGACCUGGUCGCCUUCGACAGCUGGAGCAAUGCUCAUCCCGACAAAUUUUGGCUUUGCGCUCGGCGGACUUUCAGUAGGCUGGCUUCACAUCAAGCGCCAAGGAUCUUUCUAUCUGCCGACGCUGAUCACAUAUCUGGCGUUUCCCGUAACACUGGCAGCUCUUGGUUUCCUAUCAAUCGACAACGUGCCAGCUUGGGCAUUUGUCUUUGUACUCUUCGUCUGUGGCUUUGUGACUGGAGCAGCAAUGAACUACAAUCUUGCACACAUGCUACAUCUCACGCCAAAAGCAACUCAUUAUGUGGCUACUGCAUUGCUGGCCACAUUUCGUGGCUUCGCUGGAUCGUUUGGGUCGGCUCUCGGUGGCGGCCUGUUCGAGCGCACACUGUAUACGGAUCUACAGAGGAGGUUCCGAGACGCUGGACUCAAGAAUCCUUCGCUCGUGCGGCGCCUCCUGGGAUCGCCAGCUCUCGUUGAGCAGCUGUCAAGCCCAGAGCGAGAGAUUGCGAUUGAGUCUUACCAGUAUGCGCUGAGGGUUCUUUGGUUCGCUAUGGCGGGAAUUGCUUUCGUGGCAUUUUUCGUGCAAGCAGGAACAGGCUGGAGAGGGUACAAAGAGAAGCCAGUCGCAGAAGAUGAGCGAGAAGCUUUGCUGAACGACAGAGAUGACAAUGAUACAGAAAAUAAUACUGCACGGACAUGAAAUAGAGAUACAGCAUCACGCACACUUAGCAGGCAUACGAUACUGCAACAAUAUUUACAUUAUAUUAUGGCAUCGACUGAGCCCCAUAUGACAAUGAGCCACUCGAUGGGAACAACG